AUGGAGGUUGGUGUAAUUCUUGCACAUCAUCUGCAUGGUGGCCACUCUGGCAAAGUUGCUUUCUGUGAUCAAGACGGAUUCUUGAGUUUGUCUUGCGGAGGAACUUCGAGUUUCAUUGAUUCGUCCAACAUUUCAUGGGUACCAGAUAGUACUUAUGUGACAAUUGGCAACACAACUACUGUUGAUUACAUAGAGGGUACUUCCUCGUCUCAACUUCCAGUCCGGUUCUUCCCCGAUUCCCAAGCUCGAAAUUGUUACAGGCUGCCCACAAAAAUUGUAUCAUCUUCGCUUCUUGUUAGGACCCAAUUUGUGUACAAGAACUAUGAUGAACUUGGAAAACCCCCUGCCUUCUCUGUUUCUCUUGGUACUGCUGUUACUACCACUGUGAACCUCACCGAAAAUGAUCCGUGGAUCGAAGAGUUUAUAUUGCCUGUUAAUAAAGAUAGUCUCCCUCUGUGUUUUCAUUCGAUCCCCAAUGGUGGAUUUCCUGCUAUUUCAUAUCUUGAAGUUCGGCCACUUCCGCAAGGAGCUUAUAACGAGGGCAUGGAGGAUUUCCCCAAUAAGUUACUUAGGAAGAGUUAUCGAAUCAACUGUGGAGACACAAAUGGUUCACUGCGGUACCCUUUGGAUCCUUAUGAUCGUAUAUGGGAUGCUGAUGAGAAUUUUUCUCCCUUUCAUUUGUCUACUGGCUUUGCUGUUAAAAGCACCUUCAAUUUGUCAACUCUUCAAGAUAAUCCUCCCAUGGCUGUUCUUCAAACUGCUAGAGUCUUGUCAAGACGGGAGGAAUUGGUGUACAACUUUCCUCUUGAUAACACUGGAGACUACUACAUUGUUCUCUAUUUUGCUGGGAUCCUUCCUCUUUCCCCGACGUUUGAUGUGUUGAUUAACGGAGAUGUUGUUCAGCCAAACUAUACGGUGAAGAGCGGGGACGUCAGUGCUCUAUUCUUUACUCAGAAGGAAAUCAAAAACUUGAACAUCACAUUGAAGACUAUCAGCUUCAACCCAAUGGUCAACGCAAUUGAGGUGUAUGAGAUUGUUGAUGUUCCCCCAGAGUCUUCUUCAACUACAGGUUCAAUUAUUCAUGAUUUUGCAUACUUGCUUGGUUUGUUUCCACUGCAAGAGUCAUCCGAUCUUACUUGUCUCGAUAUAUUUUGA